CUUACGUAUUAUAUCUCUCUUUAACAGUGUUCCGCUUCUAUUAACAAAAAGGGACGACUUGGAUAGAGGGUGAUAUAAUGGGAUGUCUUCUAAGCCGAAAGAAGUGGAAGUAGUGCUGGUGUAUUGUUUCGUAGUGCUUUUUACUUUUCCUUGCCUGCUUUUCUCCUGUGUAAAGGGAAGAGUGGUGAACGAAUUUCGCCUGUGUUUUAAUUCGAAAUGGGUUCCGACGUUAUGUACCGGAUACCCGGAGCCUGCCAGCGUGUGCACCUGCCGCCUGGGUCAAUGAUAGACAGAUAGCGUUCGCCCCCAGCGCCUCCACAGUGCCGGAUUUGUCCAGACAGCGGUUACACGAUAA